CUUUUAUAAUUUGGCAAAAUAAAGUUGGAAUCGGUGAUUAAGGUUAAUCAGCGUCAAUGGCUGGUAGGAGGUGACACCUCCUACUUCCGCCCUUGGUUUAUGGCUAAAACCUGCUUCAUGUACCUGCAAGGGCAGCUUUCACGCCAUUUUCAACCAAUUAGGUUUAUGUCUUUGUAUUGUUCACCGGUCUUUUGCUUGCACAAAGCUCUGUAAACCUUUAACAACUGCACAUUUUCCAUAAAGACAGAGGACAUCCAGUUUUAAGGAGAUUAACUCCUGAUGCGUGAAGAACGGGACCUUGAACUAAACAGGCGGUUGCCAUGGUGACGGAAGCGCUAAUCCAGAAAGGUCCACUGUUUGGAGAGACAUUUUGAAAGUUUAUUUUUAAGCAGAGACGCAACCCUGGAUGUUUGACAACCUUUAAAAAGUACUUUUAUAAAUUAUAAAAAUAAAGGAAUGUCGGGUAGAAGCGGCCGUUACAGCAAACAUCAGCGGGAACGCCCAACGCUUUAUAACGGGCCCAGAUUUAUUGAUGGUUUGAGGGCGUGAAACCAGCGGUACCAGUGGCACAAACCGAACACGAACACGAACCGCUCCGGGUCCAAGUGCAGCACCUCUGGAAGAGAAGACGGGACAAUGAGAUUUUAAGGUGUGAGAAAACAAGCCAAAAAAAAAAAAAAAAUCUGAGAGGAUGGUCAAAAAUAAAAAGCGCUCAACUAAGACUAAAAAGGCGAGUUCGGAGGCUGCAGGCAGCAAAGGGCUGCCUCCGCUGGAUGACCCAGCCAGCAGCGAGUUCCCUGCUGCUCCUCCAGAGCUGCAGGCUGCUGCUCACCCCCCGCUGGGGCUUCCAGACAAGGUCUAUCUUCUGGCUUCAGUCAUCUUUCAGAACAACCACCCGGAAAAGCCUGCAGCCCACCGACUGGUGAAUUAUGGCAAGGAGAGAGGACUCCCAUUGCCUGAAGUCAAAGAUGGUGGCAUGCAUUGUGCAGCUUAUGAGCUGGCCUUCAACACACUUAAAUAUCAAGAGCUGCUGGAGGACAUCAUGGUUGAUAGUGGGCUCUACCUCAUUGAGGCAAUGCCAGAUGAUCAGAUGGGUCUUGUGGCUGUGAUGCUGUAUGACUUCCAGGACAGAAAGUUCCUUCCACGGGAACACCAAGAUGAGGAGGAGGAGACCAUACAGAAAGUCAGAAACGUGGAAAAGUGCCUCCUCAGGUGGAAAACCAAGCUGGCAGCUUCUUUGGCCCGUUGCAGAAUCAAACAGGAUCUUUUGUCCAUUCACUGUAUCCUGCCAGAGAGUGUGAAAAUGAAGCAGGAGAGAUCAAGCAGCCUUCUAGUGUACGCCUGGGUCAACACACUGAAGAGCAGUUAUGAUGAAGUCCAAAGUGUGCUGAAGAGUUCUGGCUUCUCGCAGGUGAAGUGUGUCGAUCAGCUGCAAGGCCGGACCUUCUGCCAAGACACCCACUGUAGGGAUGUUCUGGUAUUCCCUGCUUUGCUGAAAGCACAGCUGUAUUCCACCAAGCUGCUUAGUGACCACAAACUCAUCAUCCAGGACAAGGCGUGCAGCUUGGGCCCGUACGCAGUGUGCUCUGUGUUACCAGACAAGGGGGAUGUUCUCAUAGUGGGCUGCUUCUCUGGCUCCACUGUCUCACACACUGCUUCCCUAAUAGCUGAGAAGCACAACUCCAACGGCACUAACAGCAAGACCGCAGUCUACGUUUGCGUUAGUGACCGAACAACUGCUGAGAGGGAAGAACUACAGCAGGAGGUUACUGCCAUGGGCUGCAAAAAUGUGACGCUGAUAACGGAGGACUUCCAGUCUCUGAAUAGCGAUGACAAAUGGCUUCAGAAGGUGCGCGUUAUCCUGCUGACUCCCAAGUGUUCUUUAUCGGCUGUCAGCAACCCCGUUGAAUUCAUAGUGCGAGAGAAUGGAGACACAGACCUGCUACAGGACUUAUCCCAGGGAUCUGUAGCCCAGAGCAAACUGGAAGCUCUGGUGACCCAGCAGACCAAGGAUAUUGAUCAUGCCUUGAAGUUUCCCAAGGUGCUGGCGCUGGUAUACUCUACCUGUUCAUCAUACCCAGAAGAGAAUGAGGGGGUGGUGAGCAGAGCCCUUGAACAAGCCAAGGCCAGGUGUGAGCAGGAAGGGGAGCCACAACAGGCUGACUUCAGAUCCAGGCCAAGUGUGGACCUGUUCAGCUGUCCUAACCAUGCUGGGGACUCCGAGAGCGCAAACCCCUACUUCAUACUGGAGCCAUCAGAACGCAGCAACGGCUGCUUCCUGGCCGUUCUCACCAGGGAGCUUGUUUCAGUCAAAGAAGCACCACAGGAGGUGGUAGCCAGGGCGAAUGCCAAAGGCCUGCUGGACAAGAUCAGCUGCAGCCAGCCAAGCAAAAAGGAGCAGCACAGGCAUAACCCGAGGAUCCCCAAGGCGUCGCAGACCCGCCUCUCGUUUAGUAAUCGGACCAAACAGCAAGUGUUCAUGGGCAGCAACAGUACUACUUUGUGUGGCCAUCAGGAAUUUACCAGCAGGCGUCAGUCAAAUCAAGGAAAACCCACAUCACAGCGCUCGCAAGGUUUAAACCACACAGUGCCCACCUCCUCCUCCUCCUCCUCCUCCUCCUGUAGAGGAGGGAACACAACGCCCACUUCAUUCAAACCAGAAAACCGCUCACCCUCAAAAAGCAUCACCUUUUCAUUUAACACUGCAGUUUUCAAUGGAGCCAGUCUGCAUCCUGCUCCUCCUGCUGCACCAGUCGCCCGAGCUCGUAAAGCUCGUCAGGAGGUGCUGAAGCCUGUGGUGCUUGUCCUGCCUCCUGUUCACUUCCCCGACCUCCUACCGCCUCUGUGCAGUCGAACAGGAUUCAGCACCAGCUUCAGCUACAGCAAGUGGAGGAGCCCAUCGCAUACUAUACCCAGAUCCAGUCAUGGCCUUUUAAAUGACAUUCUGGUAAAAUCACGGCCUCUAUUCUAAAAAUGUUAGUAAGUAUUAAGUAUUGCAAGUAUUAGCGUUUGUGCCAAGUUCUUAGUAAUAAACAUUGUAGUAACUGAAUCUAAAACCAAAAUGUGUUACUAAACUUGAUGUAGAAUCCUCUCUGAAUUGCACUAGUUAUGAUUACAGUAUCUUUGUGCCAUAAACCCAACUUUGCCACAGUCAGAGUCUAGUAACUGCUGUUAUUUACAGCAAUGUCAUCUGAGUGUCACUACAUGAUAAAUUGCUUUUACAUACGCUUCCAGACACUGGCGACGAUAAACUGACGAAGCUGCUCCUUUCUUUCGUUAAUGCAUUUAUUGUCACAACAGAUUACAUUUACAAGGUGUAGAGAUGAGUGAAGAACAGAAAUGAUAUGAUUCAUGACAUCUCUCUUUUGUGUGUUUUUCAUUUCGAUCAAACUGCCUUCAGAGUUCAUGUGGAGUGCAGGUGGAGGCCUCGAGCCAUAGGAGCAGUGUAAAGGUUUCAAAAGCAGUGACAGCAGACAUUUUCCUGCUAUAUGUGUGCGUGUGUGUGUGUACCAGCGUCACAACUUCGACGUGAGUGGGAGUCGACUGGCUGCAUCUACAGAAGAAAAAACAUAGACUGUAGUUAACCCUAGCUGUAUGACAAACAGGGACAGCCGUGUUCGUUCAGCUGUCAGCACUUCUUCUGCCUGGGUCUGGAAUAUUUUGUAACAACAUAAAUCUUGGAUGAAUAUAUUAAGAUUCCUGAGGAAAUUGUAAAGUCCGAACACAGGCAUUGUGACAUUCUUGAGCUCUUUAAACCUUUUUUUUUUUACAUAUGCAAACAAAAUCACAAUCAUAACUAAUUUAAGCUUCAAAGUACAUUAAAAGCUGUUUACUUUC